AUGAAAGAAAAGACUGAAAAGAACAAAGCAGAAGAGGAGGAAGAGGAGAACGAGAAAAAGGAGAUAGUGGAAGAGAAAACUAAGGAACGUGGGGAAGAUGAAAGCCAGGAGAAAAAAAGCAAAGAGAAAUCAAAGUCCGAGGACACAGAGGCUGAUGGGGAAGUGAAGAAAAAGAAAAAGGAAAAAAGCAAGCGAAGAGAAGACAGCAGUGAGGAGGAAGAUGACUACGAGCACAGAAAGAAAAAGAAGAAAAAAGGCAAGAAAGGCAAAGACAAGAAGAAGAARGGUGACAAGUCCAAGAAAGGAAAGAUAGAUGACAACUUUUUGGAGAUGUAUGAACAGGAGCUUCGGGACUACCAUUCGGACUCUUCCAAUGCCGCAGAAGAUGAAUACAACAAAAAAAAAGUUUACGAGGUGGUGACAGUGACAGGAGAUGUCCGGGGAGCAGGAACCGAUGCCAACGUCUUUGUCACUCUCUUUGGAGAGCACGGGAUCACUCCCAAGACUCAUCUCACCAGCAAGAGCAGCACGGCCUUUGAGAGGAGCAAAACAGAUGUGUUCCGAGUGAAAACCAAUAACGUCGGACAAAUAAGGAAAAUAAGGAUCGAGCACGACAAUACCGGGCUGAACGCGGGAUGGUUCCUGGACCGCGUGAUUGUGACGGACAUGAACAGACCUCACCUCCGCUUCUACUUCCCCUGCAACAACUGGCUGAGCAAGGAGGAUGGGGAUGGACUGUAUGUCAGAGACCUCAUCGGCAGCCUGAAUCCCAUGGAUGUCCCCAAAAUCAACAAAUACGUGGUCCGGGUUUUUACUGGUGAACUCAGCGGCAGCGGAACAGAUGCGGACGUCUUCAUUAAUAUCUUCGGUGAGAAAGGAGACACAGGUAUGAGGAAACUAGACAAUGACAACGACAACUUUGAGAAAGGAGCAGAAGACAAGUUCACACUCGAUGCUCCAAACCUGGGAAAACUGAGGAAAAUUAAUAUAGGGCACAAUAACAAGGGUGGCUCUGCUGGCUGGUUCCUUGAAAAGGUAAUCAUUGAGGACAUUGGCAAUAAAUGUGUGUACCAGUUCCCCGUGGGACGCUGGUUUGCUUUAGAUGAAGAUGACGGGAAAAUACAGAGGGACAUCCUCGUUGGGGGCUCAGAAGCCACAGGCAUUGUGUACAACGUGGCUGUAGUGACGGGGGAUAUCAGAGGAGCCGGCACCAACUCCAAGAUCCACGUGAUCCUCCACGGCUCCAAAGGCUUAAAGAAYAGCGGGAAGAUUUUCCUGGAAGGGGGUGAAUUUGAGCGUGCCAGGACGGAUCUCUUCAACGUGGAGAUYGCUGCCCUGCUCAGCCCUCUCAGCAGGGUCACCAUCGGGCACGACAACUGUGGYGUCAGCUCUGGCUGGUUUUGUGAGAAGGUGGUGGUUUACUGCCCCUUCACUGGCAUCGAGCAAACCUUCCCGUGUGGRAAGUGGCUGGAUGAAGACGAAGGGGACGGUCUCAUCGAGCGGGAACUCUACGAAAUGCUCUCCCUGCGCCAGAAAAGGCUGAAAAAAAACCCCUGGUCUUUGUGGAUCUGGACAAGUGACAUCAAAAAUGCRGGAACAGAUGCCACCAUCUUCUUCCAGAUUUAUGGAGAGAAGGGGAAGUCAGAUGAGAUGAARCUGGACAAUAAUUCAGACAACUUUGAAACUGGACAGACUGACAAAUUCAUGAUCGAGCUUCCUGACCUCGGCAACUUUUAYAAGCUUCGGAUAUGGCACGAGAAGAGAAGCCCCUUUGCUGGCUGGCACCUGAAUAAGGUAACUCUGCUGAAAACGCUGACAAAAGAAAAAUACAAAUUCAACUGCGGCCGCUGGCUAGAUAUAAAUGAAGAGGACAAUGAGAUCGUGCGGGAGCUCCCYGCCGAGGGAUCUCUGGUGACUGAAGUCAUGCCAGUGAUCAAAUACCGYGUGACGGUGUGCACGGGCACCGUGAGCGGCAGUGGCACCGAUGCCAACGUCUUCAUCUGCCUCAUUGGUGACCAGGGGGACACGGGCGAGCGCGUCCUCUACAACUGCCUCAACACCGUCAAUAAAUUUGAAAAAGGCAACGCUGAUGAAUUCCUCAUUGAAGCAGUAACGCUGAAGCAGGUGAGGAGGGUGAGGAUAGGGCAUGAUGGCAAAGGAGGAAGCAGUGGCUGGUACCUUGCCAAAGUGAUAGUGMGGGAAGAAGGACAGCCAGAAAGUGAGGCUGUGGAAUUCCCCUGCAACAGAUGGCUUGACAAAAAUGAGGACGAUGGUCAGAUUGUCCGAGAAUUAGUGCCUGCUGGGGAGUCGCCAUUGCUAAAAAAUGUCAGUUACCACAUCAGCGUCAAGACGGGAGAUGUCCCCGGUGCCAGCUCGGAUUCCAAGGUUUUCAUCAAACUCUACGGUGAAAAAGGAGACUCCAGCAAAGAGCCUCUCUURGUUUCUGAUAAUGAUCUAGGCAAUUAUUUUGAACGUGCUCGAGUGGAUGAGUUUACUGUAGAUAUGAUGGAUAUUGGAAAGAUCAGCCGAAUACUGAUUGGACACGAUAACGUGGGUCUCCGGUCCGGCUGGUUCCUGGCCAGYGUCCAGAUCACAGUUCCAGUCCAGGGAAGGCUCUACAUGUUCCCCUGCAACCGAUGGCUUGACAAGAAUGAGGCUGAUGGCAGGGUGGAGGUGGAGCUCUACCCUAGUGAGAUUUUGCCUAUUGAGAAAUUGAUAAACUAUGAGGUGUCUGUAGUUACUGGAAACGUGCGAGCCGCAGGCACCAACGCCAACGUCUUCAUGCAGAUUUAUGGCGAGACUGGCAAAACGGAGCUCAUCAUCUUAGACAACAGAUCCAACAACUUUGAAAGGGGAGCCACAGAUCUCUUCAAGAGAGAGGCUGCAGAUGUUGGCAAGAUUUUUAAAAUCCGGAUAGGCCAUGACGGGUCAGGCAUCGGGGAUGGCUGGUUCCUGGAGAGCGUCACGCUGAAACGCCUGGCCGCGGGAGUGGAGGAGUCUGACAACAACUCUGACGAGGGAGAGGAGGCCAAGGCAGARGGAAUGGAUGUCUACACCUUUGUGGCACAUCGCUGGCUGGCUAGAGAUGAAGGGGACAAGGAGCUCGUGGUGGAGCUGGCGCCUGAAGGAGACGAGGAGCUGGAGGAAAAUGUGUACGAGGUCCGCGUCAUCACUGGGACUGUGUGGGGGGCUGGCACRGAUGCGAAUGUCUUCUUGAGCAUCUAUGGCAUGGAGAGAGGAGACACGGGUGAGCGCCAGCUGAAAAGGUCAAAUAACAUCAACAAGUUCGAGAAAGGACAGGUGGACGUGUUCUCCGUCAAAGCCAUUGACCUGGGAGAGCUGAAGAAGCUGCGGAUCCGCCACGACAACUCUGGCAACAGGCCCAGCUGGUUCCUGGAGAGGGUAGAGAUCACUGACCUCAAAGAGAGCACCACGUAUUACUUCCCGUGCCAGAGGUGGCUGGCAGUCGAGGAAGAUGAUGGCCAGAUUGUCAGGGAGCUUGUGCCGGUGGAUGAAGCAUUCGUAAAAAAAGAUCCAGCAAACGAAGGCCAGUCUCCUGCCACGCUGGGCCUGGAACAGAAAGCUAAAUCGACAACAUACACGGUGAAAGUGAAAACCGGGGACAAGAAGAACGCUGGGACAGAUGCCAACGUCUUCAUCACGCUCUAYGGAAGUAAAGAUGAUACAGGGAUAGUCAGCCUAAAGGCCUCAAAGAUUAACAAGAACAAAUUUGAGCGUGGGAAGGUAGAUGAGUUUACAGUGGAGUCUGUGGACAUUGGAGACCUGAAAAAAAUCAAGAUAGGCCAUGACAAUAAAGGUAAUUCAACUGGCUGGUUUCUGGAAUGGGUGGAGAUCGAUGCCCCAUCCCUGGGACAGUGCCUCAAGUUCCCUUGUGGCCGCUGGCUGGACAAAUCAGAAGAUGAUGGAGCCAUUGCCAGAAUUAUCUUCCCUGCAGAGCUGCAGACAGUAGAGUACAUCCCAUUUGUUCCUUACGAGAUCACAGUGUACACCAGUGACAUUUUUGGAGCUGGCACAGAUGCAGAUGUCUUCAUUGUUCUUUAUGGAAGUGAUGGGAUUUGCACUCAGCAAAAAUCCCUGUGCCUCAACAAGAGAGAGCAAAGGAUGUAUUUUGAGAGGAAUUCGGUGAAUCAGUUCAUCGUGGAGCUGGAGGAUGUUGGUGACAUUAUCGAGAAGAUUCGCAUAGGGCACAACRGUGCCGGGGUGAACUCGGGGUGGCACUUGAACCGUGUGAAGAUUCGGAGGCUGCUACCAAACGGGAAGGGCUCRGAAACUGUUACAUUUCCAUGUGAUAGAUGGCUUGCAAAGUCUGAGGACGAUGGUGAGACUCUCAGAGAACUGGUGCCAUCCGACGUUUUUACCGAAAAGCUCUUGAAGGAUGGGACACUCAAGCAGAUAGCAGAAGAAGUUGAAGACCCUUUAGAAGUUCACACGUACAAGAUCAGCGUGUUCACUGGGGAUAUCUAUGGUGCUGGGACAGAUGCCAAUGUUUUCCUAAAUAUCUACGGAGAUCAGGGGGAUAUGGGAGAGAGAAAACUCAGUAAAUCYGAAACAAACUUCAACAAGUUUGAAAGAGGACAGGAGGACCUGUUCACCAUACAGGCUGUGGACCUUGGCAUUUUGUACAAGAUCAAGAUUCGUCACGACAACAGCAUGAUCAGUCCUGACUGGUUCCUGGACAAGGUGGAGAUCCUGGAUGAGACCACAGAUGAGUCGUUUGUUUUCCUGUGUGAGCGCUGGCUCUCUAAGAAGAAAGAGGACAAAAAGAUAGAGCGCACACUCUAUGAGCAGAGCUACGACGGCGAGCGCAACAGCCUGGAUGCUGCCUCCCUCAGCGUGUCCAGCCAGGACAGCAACAGCGACCCCAACGAGCCCAGAAAGUCCAGCCUGGUCAAGGCAGCAGAGGAAGGCUCACUGAUCCCGUACCACAUCACCGUCAUGACGGGCACCGAGUACGACUCCAGCACCGACAGCCGCGUCUUCGUCAUCAUCAUGGGCCCUCAGAACGUGCAGACCCAGAGGCUGUGGCUGGAUCUCCCAGAAGGAAAGGACGAGUUYGCAGAUGGCUCUGUGGAGAAUUUCUCAGUUUGGGGCCUGGAUGUUGGGGAGAUCAAAAGAGUGGAGGUGGGGCACGACGGCGCUACCCCCGAGAGCUGCUGGCUGAUGGAAGGGCUCACCAUCGUCGUGCCCACCAAAGGCGUCAUGUACAACUUYGUCUGCAAGUGCUGGCUGGCCAGAGACAUGGGGGACGGGCUCACCUCGCGAGUCCUCAACAUCCUGGACGCAGAAUGUGUCAACGUGGGGGUCAAGAUCCUCUACGAAGUCACAGUUGUCACAGGAGACACUGAAAGUGGCGGUACUGAUGCCAGCAUUUUCAUGACUGUCUUCGGAUCCAAUGGCACCACCGAGGAGAUGCUGCUGGACAAAAAUGGAGACAGGUUUGAGAGGGGCCAGGAGGACAGUUUCAUCAUGGAGAUUGCCGACAUCGCACCCCUGAGGAAGAUGAGGAUCCGCACGGAYGGGAAGGGGACGCGCCCGGACUGGUUCAUGGAAAGGAUCAUCCUGAGGAACCUGACUAAUCAAGAAGUGGCCACAUUUACCUAUGGGGAUUGGCUGUCCAAGCUGAAAAACGAAAACGGAAGCCUGGAGUGUGAGAUGCCAGCAGUGAUAAAUGACGAGCAGAUGAUGGAGGACACCACAUACACUCUUCAGGUUAAAACCAGUGAUGUUGGAGGAGCGGGCACCGACGCCAACGUGUGGCUGAUCCUGUUUGGGGAGUACGGGGACAGCGGCACCCUGGCUCUGAAGGAGUCCGACAAGUCCAACAAGUUUGAGAGGAAUCAGCUGGACGAAUUCAGCUUCUCUGAUAUGCUGAGCCUGGGAGACCUCUGCAAAGUGCGCAUCUGGCACGACAACAAAGGAAUCGCACCAGGCUGGCACUUGGAAUAUAUCGACGUGAUAGACUCUGCCAUGGACAAGACAUUUCGCUUCCAGUGUGACCGCUGGCUGGCGAAAAGUGAAGAUGAUGGGCAGCUCAUCAGGGAGCUGGCUUGUGCCAAUAACGACAUCCUGGAACUGAAGGAACGGACUGCCUAUGAGAUUGUCACCAUAACCAGCGACAGGGAGGAUGCAGAUACAAARGAAAACAUCUGGAUCAUCCUGGAAGGAAAGAUGGGCCGCUCAAAGGAAUUCCUGAUGGAGAACUCCUCCAAGAAAAGGAGAUUUGAAAGGGGAGCAACAGACACAUUCCAGUUUUCUUCAAAGAACGUUGGGGAUAUUGCAGCCAUCUGUGUUGGUCACUGCCCAAAAGAUGGGAAGAAGUCGUCUGCAAAAGCUGAUGUCUUCUGGCACGUCCAGGAGAUUAUCGUGACCGAGAUGGAGCUCUGCAACAAGUACUACUUCAGGUGCAACGUGAAAAUCCCUCUGCGGUACAAGAGGCGAGACUACAAAGUCUUYGAGUGUGCCAAGGUCACCGAGAGCUUCGCCAGCAAAGCGCGGAGCCUGGUGCCGGUCAAGUACGAGACCAUCGUGGUCACGGGCUUCGAGAAGGGCGCGGGCACCGACGCCAACGUCUUCAUCACCAUCUACGGCCUCAACGGGGACUCGGGAAAGCGGGCACUGAAGCAGAAGUUCCGGAACCUCUUCGAGCGUGGACAAACCGACAGGUUCUACCUGGAAACGCUGGACAUGGGGGAGCUGAGGAAGGUCCGGAUCGAGCACGACAACACCGGGCUGGCCCCGGGCUGGCUGGUGGAGCGCGUGGAGAUCACCAACUCGGCCACUGGGGUCACCACCAUAUUUCCCUGCGGGAGGUGGCUGGAUGAAAACCGGGGGGAUGGCUUGAUCUGUAGGGACCUUUUUCCUAGGAACUGAGAAGGGUUCAGUUCAUGCAUUUUUUGGUCCCUUCAGUGCACGCAUUUUUGUCUCACUGUACUGUUUUAUAUGGCAUUUUACUUUUUAAAGCGCUGCCUUUUGUACUGAGAGAUUUUUAGUAGCAAGACGCUCYUCCUGGGUUAACGUUUUGUAAAAGKAAUACYGCUUUUUUUUAAAGU